CAACUUCUCAAACUGUCCUGUGAUGACACUCUUUUCACAGAGUUUGUUCUGUGUUUAAUGGCUGUGGUCAUUAUCAUUGGUUCUCUGGCCCCGACAGUUGUCUCCUACACCUACAUCAUCUCCACCAUCCUCAAGAUCCCCUCAGCCUCUGGCCGGAGGAAAGCCUUCUCUACAUGUGCUUCCCACUGCACCUUUGUUGUGAUCGGCUACGGCAGCUGCCUGUUCCUCUAUGUGAAACCCAAGCAAACGCAGGCAGCUGAGUAUAACAAGAUAGCUUCCCUGCUGAUUUCUGUGUUGACCCCUUUCCUGAACCCUUUUAUCUUCACUCUCCGGAAUGACAAAGUCAAAGAGGCCCUUCGGGAUAGUAUGAAACGUUGCUGUCAACUCCUCAAGGAAUAA